AUGGAUUUUCAGCAUCGUGUUGGCGGAAAGACCGGCUCUGGAGGGGUUGCCUCCGAGUCGGAGGCCAACCGAGACCGCAGGGAACGCAAAAAGCAUCAGUACAACCUUCAGCGCCGUGCUGCCGAACAAGCGCGUGACAGUCCAGCCACUCUUCAACCCGAGAAGGCUCGCGUAGAACCCAAGAAAUUUAUAAAAAUCGGUCGACCUGGUUACAAAGUAACCAAACAGAAGGAUCCCGAGACCGGACAGCAGUCCAUGCUCUUCCAGAUCGACUACCCCGAAAUCGCGGACGCAGCCGGUAUCACUCCCCGACAUCGUUUCAUGUCCGCCUAUGAGCAGAGGGUUGAACCGCCGGACAGACGAUGGCAGUACCUGCUGUUCGCUGCGGAGCCCUACGAGACCAUCGGUUUCAAAGUGCCCAGCCGUGAAGUGGACAAGGAUCCGAAGAAGUUGUGGACCUUUUGGAAUCCAACCUCGAAGCAGUUCUUUUUGCAGGUAGGUUUUGUUGCCUCCCCCCCCUCCCUCCUCCGACCCCUUGAUCCUCUGAUAUAUUUUGCCUGUCUCGCGAUGAAAGGAAUUAUUACUGCUGCAGAUAUCCCUAGGCUAGUGAUGAUUCAGGACCCCGGGGGAGGCCGUCAUCUCUGCAACGUGUGCAUUCUCAAGGGAAAAUUCGGUCUUUAUUUUACGGCAGUCGGGUACACUUUGGGCGCUCAGUAA